AUGAAUAGGGAUAAAGUGCAGGUGGGCGACAUCUCCAUCGAACCGCCUGCGACUGGCAUCGCUGCGCAAACAGCAGUGAUCGUGGUGGCGUCUCCGGAAAGCGUGGACAUGGAGGCGCACGGGGAAAAGCGCAUCGCUUCCGGUGACUUGGCUGUGUUUUCCUGUCCCGCAGCCAGAGACGUGCUUCAGGCGGAGGGCCGAGAAAACUCCGUGCGCCAGGACGCACCUGCGCUUCCGCCGCCCAGCGCUCCUCGGACCACCUCCUUCUCAGUGCUGGACAUUUUGGACCCAAAUAAGUUCACAAGCAAAAGGCAGCCACUCAGCCGGACAGGCUGUGACUCCGGGUGUGGGUUCGGGACCGAAAACAGAGGCGAAGAUUCAAAUCAUGCAGCAGAUCAGAAAGUAUUUCCUGAAGACUACGAGUGCAAGAAAUCCUCAGGAAUGCUCACGGAGGAUGGUUUCGUGUUCAGGUCUUCAGAAUGUGAGAGUGAUUUCCCGCGUGGGAAUCCCACGGACAGUGAGUUACACGAUGAUCUGUGCAGUGAGGAGAGCAGCGGCGCGCUCACCGGAAACGCCGACGGAGAGGACGAGGAGCCGGUCAUGAAAAGUUCGAGUCCCGGCGGCCAGCAGCAGAGCCAGCAGUCCUCGUCCUCGAAUGGACCGAACCAACAAGGCAAGCCGAAGAGGAAACGGUCCGGCUCGGACUCGAAGUCCGGAAAGCCGAGAAGGGCUCGGACUGCGUUUACGUACGAGCAGCUCGUGGCGCUGGAGAACAAGUUCAAGUCGACGCGCUACCUUUCCGUGUGCGAGCGCCUCAACCUGGCGCUGUCACUGAGCUUAACGGAGACGCAGGUGAAAAUCUGGUUUCAGAACCGCCGGACAAAGUGGAAGAAGCAGAACCCAGGAGCAGACACGAGCGCUCCGACGGGUGGUGCAGGAGGACCGAACGGACCGAGCGCCGGUUUGGGCAGCCUGAGUCCCCUCAGUCCGUCUCCACCCAUGAGCGGUCACCUAUCAAUGCACACCAGCUAUCCGAGUCACACACCUGGAGGACUAGUGUGCACUACUCAGUUACCCUUCCUGCCUAGUCAUGCAGUACUGUCCCCGUUCAUGCUGAGCUCACAGACAUACGGAGCGCCCGCUUUUUACACGCCGCACUUGUAA